AUGGUUGACCCAACAACACGAGCAUUUGAAAGUAUUAAAACAUUCCAUGGUACACCUCAAGAUAAUUCACGUGAUUGGUGUGAUCGAGCUGAAAUUGUUUUUACCGCAUUCAACAUCAACGACGUUGAUCGUUUGGCUCGAAUUGGAAUUAAACUAGAAGAUAAUGCAUUUGAUUGCUAUCGUGACAAUCAAGGACCUUAUGCAACGUGGAUAGCAUUCCUUCAAGCAUUUGAACGAGCUUUUCCUCCACCUGAACGAACACAAAAUCGACAUUUAUUAGCAGAACAAAUAAACCAACGUAAACAAAGUACUGAUGAAUCAGUACAUGAUUAUUACUACGUACUAGACAAAUUGUGUCGUGAAUAUGACCCACAAAUGUCACCCAUCGAUAGAACAAUUAAAUUAGUUGGUGGAUUACGAGCAGAAUUAAAAGAAAAAAAUGUUACUAUUGAACGUUCAAACACCAGAAAAAUUUAUGAUUCAAGCAAAGAAUUUCGAAUCCAGCGAAAAGGUUACGGCACAUCAUCGGAAACAAAACGCGCCCUUCGAAUUAACUGA